UUGUUAUUGCAGGAAGUGAAGAUGGCGGCUCAGUCGAUCAUGUCAGAGUCUGUUCUCGGAUGGUCAAUUUUCACCAUUGUUCUGUUGGUAAUCUUGGCGUUCUGCUGGAUCUACAUUCGGAAAUUUCAAAGUCGUCAGGAGAGCGAGGUUGUUUCGACUAUCACAGCAAUAUGCGCCUUGGCCAUCGCUUUGAUAUCGUCUGCACUUCUGCCAGUGGACAUCUUUCUUGUUUCAUUCAUGAAGUAUUCUAACGGUACUUACAAGGAAUGGGCAGCAAACAACGAGACCAGGAGUCAAAUUGAAGAUACUGUCUUAUAUGGAUAUUACACUCUGUACUCCAUCAUACUGUUCUGUGUCUUCCUGUGGAUCCCCUUUGUGUACUUCUACUAUGAAGAAAGAGACGACAACAAUGAAAACAAGUGCUCACAAGUGAAAAACGCUCUGAAGUACACAAUUGGAUUCGCCAUUGUCUGCGUGGCGCUCCUUUUAAUUGGGGCUUUUGUUCCCCUCAAGGUGUCACCGAGUCAGAAUUCUACUCAGUGGGACAAAAUUCAGCACCUUUUUGAGGAACUGGGAAGCAGUCAUGGCCUCCCUGCUCUGUCCUUCUCCAUCAGCUCCUUGACCUUGAUUGGCAUGUUGGCAGUGAUCACUUACACGGCAUACGGAAUGUCUGUUCUGCCUUUGAAUCUGAUAAAAGGCACACGGAGCGUGGCAUACGAACGCCUGGAGAACACAGAGGACAUCGAUGAUGUUGAGCACCAAAUAGAAAAGCUAAAGUCUAAGUGUAAAGACGGACGUCCUCUGUCCUCGAGGGACAGACACAACCUGCAGGAGCUGGAGGGCAAACUCCAGGUCCUCCGGCGGAGGGGGAGACACCUGGAGAUUGCAGAGAGACACUGCUGCACUAAAGUGGGCAGUGCUCUCAGACCCUUCAAGAUAGUCCUGGGCAUCUUCUUCAUCCUGGUUGCACUGCUGUUCACGGUUGCACUUUUCAUUUCAAAUUUGGAUAAAGCUCUCCACUCCGCUGGCAUCAGCUCCGGGUUCAUAAUCUUUGGCACCAACCUCACCAACCCCCUGAAUGAACUUCUCUUAGCCUUACAACCCGUUUUCCCACUGGAUUAUAUCCUGAUCACAGUCAUCACCAUGUACUUUGUUCUCACAUCUAUGGCCGGCAUUCGCAACAUGGGCAUCUGGUUCUUCUGGAUAAGGCUUUACAAAAUAAGACCAAAGAGAACUCGUCCCCAGGCUCUGCUCUUCCUCUGUAUGAUCCUCCUCCUGAUUGUCUUGCACACCAGCUACAUGAUAUACAGCCUGGCUCCACAAUAUGUCAUGUAUGGCAGUCAGAAGUACCUCGUGCAGAGCCAGAUGCCCUCACCUGAUCCCACGUCUGGGAAUGCUACGUUUGGCACCGCAAGGAUAUGUGAUGCUGAAGCGCCCGAGGAUCAGUGCACUGUGACACGAUCCUAUCUCUUCCUGCACAAGUUCUGGUUCUUCAGCACCAUCUACUACUUCGGGAACUGGGCCUUUAUUGGGGCUUUCCUCAUCGGCCUGGCGGUGUCUUGCUGCCGAGGGAAAAAGUCUGUGAUCGAGGGAGAAGUGGAGGCUGAUGACUCAGACAUCAGCGACGACGAAUACGUGCACUGAAAGCCUGCCGCUCACCUGUAGAUACCGUAACCAAAAGCUAAAUAGGCUAGGAAGUACAAUUCCAUCACACAAUGCAUGUCUGUCAGCGGUCCGUCUUGAUUUAAUUUAUUGUUUGUUUGUUUGUGUUUUUAAGGAGCGGUGCCUCGCGACGUUCAGCUUUGCUUUGAGUUGUGGCGACGCUCCCUUUAAUUAGAUCGCUCAGAAUGAUUGUUGUGUCCUUCUCAGUCAAUAUUAUUGAUGACAUUUGGGUUCUGGGAGCAUCCGUCAACUCGAGCCUACCUUAAGCCCGUCUCCACGGUUUGAAAGUCACAGAUUGCUUCAGGAGGUGGAUCUCACUGCUCAUUGCUCCAAAACUUUAUAUCGAAAUCACUCCUGACCGUUUUUUUGCAUUAUCUAAGAACUUUCUACUUUUUGAGAUGAAAUGCCGAGUGAACAAGACAGUUUGUGGAAAUACUAGUAGGUGUAGAAAUGAUGAUUCCUGAGGUUUACUUUGCUUGUUUCUAUCUGAGUUUAAAUAUCAUGUUACUGACACUGAUGCAUUUCUCCAUGCAGUCGCUGUUGUCGGUCCCAGAGCAUCAUAUACUGAAGCUGCCUGUGCACUGUGUGAAAUGUGAAGGACCAAUUACGUCUAUUGUGUUUUCAGGGUUUCGGGUAGGAAAGGUUUUUAGUUUAAGAAAAAAAGUUUGGAUGAUUUUUUGUUGUUGUUUUUUUGUUUUUUUUUAAAUUAAAGAGCACUUCUGACUUUUGCCAGCACUCUGGAGUUUAUCAGCGACGGGCGUGUGGUGUAGAGCUCCUGCGGAUUAGCUGUUUGUGUAUAAAUACAAAGAGGAGAGGACUUAAUUUCAAAGGAAAUGUUUGUGCCUCAUGAAUGUAUGACGCCAUGACGGGCACACACCCACAUGUCUGUAUGGUACGUUCGAACGCAGCCUUCCAGAGGUCAGCCUGAGCUUCACAAGUCCUGUUUCUGGUGUUGUGGGUCAGUGGAAGGAGUUACAUGAUGAUGAUGAUGAUGAUGAUGAUGAUGAUGAUGGCAGACUGGACAUCCUGGAUUUAGUGAAAUGAUUGCAUUUGUGGAUUGUUAUUGAAUUAUACCUGUAUCCAAAUU